UCGCAGCAGGAACCAGGCUCCAGGCGCUGGCGCCGGGGCCGCGGGAGGAGGCGAGUUCGCUCCCUGCGGCGGGCGCGGCCCGGGCGCCCCGGCCUCCUCGGCCCCGGAGAGCGGCGGCGGCGGCGGCGGCCUCCCUGGCGCGCUGCCGACGGUCACCGGACCCUGCCGUGGACUCCAGGACCAGCCUGAUCUCGGCGAUGUUAACCGCAACACUGAGGGCCCCACAGUCGCCAGAGGCCGCCUACCAACCUUCCUUGGGACUUCUGUCUGGGCCUCAUCACAAAACUGGACGGGAGACCCCACGAUUGAUGAGUUUGCCCUGGGAGUCAGUGCGAAGGUGAAACCAAAGGCGAACAUGGGUCAGAAGGUCACCGGAGGGAUCAAGACUGUGGACAUGAGGGACCCCACGUACCGGCCCCUGAAGCAGGAGCUCCAGAGCCUGGACUACUGCAAGCCCACCCGCCUGGACCUGCUGCUAGACAUGCCCCCCGUGUCCUACGACGUCCAGCUGCUCCACUCGUGGAACAACAAUGACCGAUCGCUCAACGUCUUUGUGAAGGAAGACGACAAGCUGAUCUUUCACCGGCAUCCGGUGGCCCAGAGCACAGACGCCAUCAGGGGCAAAGUCGGGUACACGCGCGGGCUGCACGUAUGGCAGAUCACGUGGGCCAUGAGGCAGCGGGGCACACAUGCUGUGGUGGGGGUGGCGACAGCAGACGCCCCCCUGCACUCCGUCGGGUACACAACCCUCGUGGGGAAUAACCACGAGUCUUGGGGCUGGGACUUGGGGCGCAACCGGCUCUACCACGAUGGCAAAAACCAACCGAGCAAAACAUACCCGGCCUUUUUGGAGCCGGAUGAGACAUUUAUUGUCCCUGACUCGUUCCUCGUGGCCCUGGACAUGGAUGAUGGGACUCUGAGCUUCAUUGUGGAUGGACAGUACAUGGGAGUGGCUUUUCGAGGACUCAAGGGCAAAAAACUGUAUCCUGUAGUGAGCGCCGUCUGGGGCCACUGUGAGAUCCGCAUGCGCUACUUGAAUGGACUCGACCCCGAGCCCCUGCCGCUCAUGGAUCUCUGCCGCCGCUCGGUGCGCCUGGCCCUGGGGAAGGAGCGUCUGGGUGACAUCCACACACUACCACUGCCGGCCUCCCUCAAGGCCUACCUCCUCUACCAGUGACGCUGCCCCCCGGCCUCGCCAGCACGCCGGCCACCUGGUGCCACCUCACCGGCCUGCCGCCGUACCCUGCGCCUCGGACCGGGAUCCGGCCACCGGGAGGAAGGCCCUGCUCUUCCUCCCCAUCCUGCCCGCUGCCCCUGCCGGCCACCAACAGCUUGACACAGGCUCCUCCAUUCCCUGUCCCCACGUUGGCAGAAGCCCCCCCCCCGCCCCCCCGCACGCCGUGUCCACGGUCCCUCUUCGGAAAAAGACCCAGAGAACAGACUCCUAGGAAGCCCUCCACUGAGCUCCGAUCCGCCCUCGGGGUGGCACGGGGAUCCCCGCCCCGACCUGCCAGGUCCCGGGAGGAGGUGCCCUGGUGCCAAGAGCAGAUCCCAGGGGCGCUAAGAGGUGCUCAGAUGGGGGCUGGUGCUGAGGCCAGUGGGGCCCCGCCACAGCAGACAACACUCAGGACGUCAGGAACUCACCAUGGACACCGAGGCAGAAGCCAAAACGGAACCUCCACAGGCACACACGAGUGCCCUGCAUCGGCCCCGGCUGUCAGCCCCCCGGUACCCUGUAUUUAUUCUUUUCACAAUGACAAAAGCCAUUUAUUUAUUCCAUUUAGAAAGGAAACCUGGUUUCAUUUCCCUCUCUCCGGAGUGUUCUGUUGCUUUGCUGCCACCUGCCCCUCCCUGGGAUGUGUGUGCCUCACCCGUCCCUCUCGUGGGGCUGUGGCUGUGGUGUGUCCUCACGUGGGCACAAGGGUGUCCCUGUGUGGGUCCCCGGACCUACAGUUUCCAGGGGGUUCUGCUCUGGGUUCCCGAGCACAUGCAGUAUGAGAGUCUUGGGGGGGCCCGUCUGCAAGGGCUGUGGCGCUCCCCGUGUCUCCAGGCAGAAGACAGACAUCUUUGCACGUGGUUUUCUUUCUUUAGUCUUCUGUGGGGGGCGGGAGGAGGGUUGUGUUUGCUUUUGCUUUCCUAGCUGAGACCUCCCAUGUGCAUCCUCAGAAGCUCUGGCUUCCCAGAGCCGGAACUAGGAAGGGAGGGUGAUGAGUGGGUCUCCAGCCCCAGGGAAGCCAGGGGCGCGCGGCGGGGUGGGGAGACCAGAGUGAGGUCGUGCCCCUCGGAAGCCAGCGCCGGCCUCCACUUCGGGCCCCCGCCCGGGCUCUGCGCCCAGGGGGAGCAGCCUCAGCUCAUCCCGACCCCCCAGAGCCACACGAGGAGCAGGGUGGGGUGGGCCGGGGCAGCCAGCAGAAGAGGGCCCCUCGCGCCCUGCCACAGCUCCCCCACGUAGCAGAGCCCAGCCCCUGCCGCUGCACUCACUGCUCCCUUGAUCUUGAAGUCAACUCGCUUAGAAUCUGACUUCUGUUCAUUUCUGUACAGGUACAAUAGAUGACUUUAUUUGUUUAAAUGUUUAAUAUAUACACAUAUAUAUUUGUCUUUAAGAAUUACGUUUUAAACAGCUGCUGUAGGGUACCUUUAAAAAACAAAGUCUUCCAGUGGAGUAUAUUUUUUAAAGCACAAAACUGGUGCCAAGUCUGGGUGAGGAAUGUAAAUUACCCCCUUAUUGUUUUGAGUUUUUUUCCAAGGUGGGGGGAGAAACCUUACCUGUAAGACUUUUAAAGACUUUUCCUCACUCCUCUUUCAGGGUGGGUCAUGUUCUCAUGAAUGUUGCACACGAGCGCGUUUUACUGACACAGAUCCCAGCCUUAUCGCCUUGACCCAGCGUUCUGCCAUCGACGCUGGAUGAAUUGCGGGCUCUUGGUCAUCUCUCCGCACCUCUGUCCGGGCUUCCCAAACCUCAGCCCCACCCUCCUUUCCCUCUCCGCCCAGAACCUUGUGACCUGUACAGUUUUAAAACUCCCGUUCUAUUUUAUGAUGGUUAAUAAUAGUCAGUAACCUAAUAAAGGAAAGUUUAUUAAAAUACAAAA